CCAUUUUUAUCGUCUUCUUUCUGGAAUCACUUCAUCCUUAAUCCUUUAAUCGAUGCCUUUCUUCAAUGAAAAUUCUCGAUCAGUUAAAUUCUCGUCUUUUUUUAAUUCUUUCUUUGUGAAGGAAUGAUGAAUUUCAGUCUAUAAUUGAAGGUAGGUUUUGUUCUUAUUUUCCAACACACAGUCAGUAAUUCUUCCAUUAACAUUAUUUUCUGCUCCUUUGUUUAACUGAACGGAUUUCUCUUUGUGUUUCCUUCUCAAGUAUUGGAUUCUGAUUUUUUUACACUCUCUCUCUCCCUCUCUCUCUCUAUGUUUGCCCGUGCCGUUUUUCAGCCGUUGAUACAAGAGAUGGUGGAAUACUGUUACUCGGACAAGCAGGAGCUGCUUCCGGCCUCCUCUCUUGAUCGCCGUUGCCUCCCACCCAGAAAUCUUAGAAGCUUCAACUUCGGAGGAAAUCCUAGCCGAUCGCCGGCAACAGAGAAUCCGGUCGCCAUCGAGCCAUCUCCGGCAAAAGCCGGUUUAUAUCAGAGAUCGGCGGAUGAAAAGCCGGAGGGAUGUAAUCGUGAACUAGUGGAGGGAGAGAAGCCUGGUCCGAUGACUCAUCUGUCAACUGAAUAUUCCAACUGGAAGAUAACGCUGAAUUGCUUCUACGAGAUCGACCACAUGAGACUGCCCCUUAAAUCCCCCAUUCACCUCAAGAUCAUUCGUGUUGUGCGGGUAACCGAGAAGACCGCACACAACGUGGCCGUGAAGUUUCCGAGCGCUCUCUCCCUCCGAAAACACUUCUCGGACCAAAAUGUCCUGCGCGCUAAAAGACUUAAACACCCAGACCUCGACGAGCAGUUCGUCAUGGGCAUCACAUACGCCGGAAGAGUUCUCCGGCGACCCGUUCCUGAUGUUGAACUUUCCAACUCCGGUCACUUCCGCAGCUUCUGGGUCCUCCAAAAACCGCCAGAAAAUCCCUUUCAGAGCUCUCUGAAUGCAGAUAAACCUGAUCUCUGGUCACCUGAACAAGUUCGAGGCCGCGGAAAACCCCAUUACAAGUCAAACAUUCAAAAUGCUGGAAAACUCAAUAACCAGACAUCGGAGAAAAGUCAGGUCGCCGGAAUCUGGCCACCAGGAAAUGCGCAAGUCUCUGAAAAUCCCCAAUCCCUGUCCCCCAAUGACUGUCAAUUUGCAGGAAAACCCAUUUCCCCUAUGUUGGAAACAUGUCAAGUUACUGGAAAAGCUAACUCCGAAGCGCCAGAAAACUUCGAAAUUGCAGGAAAUCCCAAUUCUCAUUCGCCGGAAAAAUGUCAUGUUGCUGGGAAAUCAGACUCCAAAUUGCUUGAAGGAAGCCAAGUCACUGGAAAAGCUGAUUCGCAAAUGCCAGAAAAAGACCAGGACUUGAGAAAACCCGAUACAGAAUCCCUGGAGAAAUGUUUAGAAACUCCAAAAGAAAAUUUGCAGCAGCCUGAAAAUUUAUUUUCCGGCAGGUUAAUUGUGUGGGGGACCCGUAAGAAGGCAAGGUUUUUGGGUAAACAUAGAGAGAAGCUUCCAGCCUUGAUAUCGUUGGAGAGGGAGAGGAGGGGAAGCAAGAGGAUUUACAAGGACUCCACAGAGGAAUCGAGUAGAGUGAUAAAAGCGGCGAGGAGAGAGAAAGGAGGCCGCAGGAUGGUGAAGGAGAUGCAAGGUCGAUGGUCUUCGGAAAGAUACCGAGUUGCGCAGCAGAAGCUGAUAGACAUAAUGAGGGCCAAAGGAGCGGUGCUAGGCAAGCCCAUCCUCAGGCCGGUGCUCCGAGAGGAGGCGAGAAAGCACAUAGGAGACACGGGCCUCCUGGACCACCUCCUCAAGCACAUGACCGACGUCGAGGUCCCGGGGGGAGAGCGGUUCAGGCGCAGGCACAACGCGGAGGGCGCCAUGGAGUACUGGCUGGAGGGGGCUUCGCUGAUGCAACUCAGGAGAGAAGCGGGGGUGCCGGACCUCUACUGGGAGCCGCCGCUCGGAUGGAAGCCCGCCGAGGAAGGCGGGAGACGGUGCGAGCAUUGCAGGGGUGGUUGUGGUAAGGAGAGGGAUGAUGAGGUGGUACAGCGGCUCGUGGAAGACGUGGCUCGAGUCAAGGGGGUUUUUGAAGCUUUGGUUCCUCCGGCUACGGCCUCCGUCGAUAUCAAAGAGGAGGGCAGGAAAGCCGCCACGUGUCCUCCCUAUGAUUCUCAUCUUGCAAAAUACAUUCAGUUUCAGGAGGGCUUCAAUGGGCUCAUGAUAAAAAAGAGUCAUCUAGAGGCACAGGUCGACCAAAUCUCCAACUCAUUGGAGAAAUUUAAGAAAGAGGUAGAGUCCCACUACGAGAGUAUCGGUGCGGCAAAGUCGACUCAGAGGCCAAGCCAAGAGGGUGCUGGCUCAGAGAUGUCUAGUGUGGCUCAAGAUGCCGAAAUUGUCGUCAAGUCGCCGAAGCCGAUGAAGCUGCAAAGUGGAUUCAGAGUGUGUAGGCCUCUUGGGACGUUUCUGUGGCCUGGCAUGGGCGCCAGGGUUGCGAUGCAGGAGCCGGAGGCAAUGCCAGAGACGAGCCCCCCAAUGGAGCAAGACAGCCACCCUUCUCUGCCCAUAAAGCCCGUUGUUAGGAACCCUCGGCUAUCUGAAUCGGGCUCAACUCUGUUCACUGAUCAACCAGCAAAGAUUGCAGAGUGCAGCACGCAUGGAGAAACAGGGGAGAGCAGCAGCUUUCCAACUGAGGGAACCUCCCAGCAGUGGCUCGCCCUGGCCACCCCCUCCCCCUCCCCUCUCGUUGUCUGACCCCCCUCUCUCUCUCUAGGAAAUCUCUUCCUCGCAUCAUUAUUCUUAUCAAGGAGUUCCCCUCUCUCUCUCUCUAGAUCUCCAUUCUCUUUCUCUCUCUUACACACACGAAUGGCAACUUGCAUGAACUCUUGAACGGCCUGGAUUGCAUCAUGCAUUUGUCAAGCCUCAACACCACUCUGAAAAGUUUUUCCCUUUCUAACCUCAGCGAUUGGAUUUUGAGAUUUUUCAAUGGCUGUGGAUUACGAACAAACAUGGCAAGUAUUAACUUGUAAACCUUCAUUUUCGCUUUGGUGAGGUGGAUUCCAAUGUGAAGGGAUCCAUCCACAAGAGGUAGAGAGAGAGAGACUUGUAUUGGUUUAGCACCAUGUAUAGCCAAAAUAUUAUAUGCAACGUACUCGACCUUAUCCAACGAAUAAAUAAAUAAAUGGACAUCAAAAAUUACGGAGACUUUACAU